AUGAAGCGUGGAAAGUCACGUGCCUCUAAGGACGAAGGGAAAGGUCAAGAUGAACCAGCAAUCUUGGAAACCGAGGACCUGGACAGGAGGGCUCUGUAUGGUGGAGGCCCAGAUCCUGACACCGUUUCACUGGCCUCAGUCACCGCAGUCACCACCAAUGUCUCCAACAAGAGAUCAAAGCCUGAUAUUAAAAUGGAACCCAGUGCUGGGAGACCAAUGGAUUUCCAAGUUAGUGUUACAGUCAUAGAGGCCCGACAGCUGGUGGGAUUAAACAUGGAUCCGGUGGUAUGCGUGGAAAUUGGAGAUGAUAAGAAGUACACGUCAAUGAAGGAAUCAACCAAUUGCCCUUACUACAAUGAGUACUUUGUAUUUGAUUUCCAUGUUCCUCCUGAUGUCCUGUUUGACAAGAUCUUGAAGUUGUCAGUGAUCCAUUCUAAGAAUCUGCUCAGAAGUGGUACACUGGUAGGGAGCUUUAAACUGGAUGUUGGCACAGUUUACUCCCAACCUGAGCAUCAGUUCUAUCACAAGUGGGCCAUUUUGUCAGACCCUGAUGACAUCACAGCUGGGUGUAAAGGCUACAUCAAAUGUGACAUAGCUGUAGUCGGAAAGGGCGACAACAUCAAAACUCCACACAAGGCUAACGAAACAGAUGAGGAUGACAUAGAGGGCAACCUCCUGUUGCCAGAAGGUGUUCCAAUGGAGCGUCAGUGGGCACGUUACUAUGUAAAAAUCUACAGAGCAGAGGGGCUUCCCAAGAUGAACACGAGCAUUAUGGCGAAUGUGAAGAAAGCCUUCAUUGGAGAAAACAAAGACUUGGUGGACCCUUAUGUGCAAGUGCAAUUUGCUGGGCAGAAGGGGAAAACAUCUAUUCAGAAAAGCAGCUAUGAGCCAAUCUGGAAUGAGCAGAUCAUUUUCACUGAGCAGUUUCCACCACUCUGUAAACGCAUGAAAGUGCAGAUCCGAGAUUCGGAUAAAGUGAAUGAUGUGGCAAUUGGAACACAUUUCAUUGACCUGAGAAAGAUCGCUAAUGAUGGGGACAAGGGCUUCCUCCCGACUCUGGGACCCGCGUGGGUGAACAUGUAUGGCUCCACACGGACCUAUACCCUGAUGGAUGAGCACCAAGAUUUAAACGAAGGGCUGGGGGAAGGAGUAUCAUUUCGAGCCCGACUCUUGCUCAGCCUGGCUAUGGAGAUUCUUGACACCUCCUCUCCAGAUAUUAUGAGCUCCACAGAAAUACAGGUGGAGGGAAUCCCCAACAUCUCUGAGAAUGCAACUGGAAAAAUUGAGGAGUUCUUCUUGUUUGGAGCAUUUCUGGAGGCUACUAUGAUUGACAGAAAGAUUGGAGAUAAACCAAUCAACUUUGAAGUGACAAUAGGUAACUAUGGUAAUGAAAUUGAUGGGAACAGCAAACCAAAAAUAAAAAGAAAGAAAAAAGGUGGAGAAAAUGAUGAGGAGGAAUCUGAACUCAUCCAAGGCUCCAGUGAUGAAGAUGUGGAUGAUGAUGGAGAACUGACAUCAGUCUCCACCACCCCACCAAUGAAACCAGUCAUCACAGACAGGAACUAUUUCCACCUGCCCUAUUUUGAGAGGAAGCCCUGUAUUUACAUAAAGAGCUGGUGGCAAGACCAAAGGAGAAGACUGUACAAUGCCAACAUCAUUGAUAACAUAGCAGAUAAACUGGAAGAGGGUUUGAAUGACGUGCAGGAGAUCAUUAAAACAGAGAAGGCAUAUCCUGAGCGCAGACUCAGGGGUGUCCUCGAGGAGCUGAGCAAUGCCUGCAGCAACUUCCUGUCACUGGCAAACAACGACCAGAACCAGGCUGGGAGGACUAAGCUGGAUCGGGAAAGACUGAAAUUCUGCAUGAGAGAAUUGGAAAAUAUGGGUCAGCAAGCUAAGACCAUUCGAUCUCAGGUAAAGAAGAAUACAGUGAAAGACAAAAUCAAACUGGUGCAGAACUUCCUCCAGAAGCUGCGAUUCUUGGCUGAUGAGCCUCAGCAUAGCAUUCCUGAUAUUUACAUCUGGAUGAUGAGCAACAACAAGCAAAUUGCAUAUGCACGAGUUCCCUCCAAAGACAUCCUCUACUCCAGCGUGGAGGAGGAGAGGGGAAAAGACUGUGGGAAAGUUAAGACACUCUUUCUCAGGCUCCCAGGUAAAAAGGGCUUUGGACCAGCUGGUUGGACAGUGCAAUCCAAGAUAGAGAUGUACCUCUGGCUGGGACUGAACAGGCAACGCAAGGACUUUCUCAGUGGGUUGCCAAAUGGAUUUGAGGAAAACAAAGCAGUGAAAGGCCCUGGCAUGCAGUCUUCACCACCCAUCAGCCUGAUGUACACUAUGAAACAGAUCUUCCAGCUGAGAGUCCACAUGUACCAGGCACGCAGCCUGUUUGCAGCAGACAGCACAGGUCUCUCGGAUCCCUUCGCCAGAGUCUUCUUCUCCACUCACAGCCAGGUCACAGAGGUGCUGAAUGAAACUCUGUGCCCCACAUGGGACCAGCUAUUGGUGUUCGACAACGUGGAGCUGUAUGGAGAGGCCUGUGAGCUGAGAGACGAUCCCCCUAUCAUUGUCAUUGAAAUCUAUGAUCAGGACUCAAUGGGUAAAGCUGACUUUAUGGGCAGGACAUUUGCCAAGCCCAUCACCAAAAUGUGCGAUGAGCACUAUGGACCCCCACGGUUCCCCCCUCAGCUGGAAUACUACCAAAUCUACCGUGGAAACUGCACUGCUGGUGAUCUGCUAGCAGCCUUUGAACUGUUGCAGAUUGGACCUGCUGGUAAAGCUGAACUGCCACCCAUAGAUGGACCCACUGAUAUGGACCGUGGUCCAAUCCUGCCAGUCCCAACUGGCAUCAGGCCAGUUCUAAGCAAAUAUCGCAUUGAGGUUCUGUUCUGGGGCCUGAGAGAUCUGAAGCGGGUUAACCUUGCCCAAGUUGACAGACCCCGUGUGGACAUAGAAUGCGCUGGAAAGGGUGUUCAAUCGGCUCUCAUUCAGAACUACAAGAAAAACCCUAACUUCAGUACCCUGGUCAAGUGGUUUGAAGUGGACUUGCCUGAAAAUGAACUCCUACACCCUCCCUUGAACAUCCGUGUGGUGGAUUGCAGAGCUUUUGGUCGCUACACGCUGGUGGGCUCCCAUGCUGUCACCUCACUGCGCAAGUUCAUCUACAGACCAGCAGACAAGACUGCAAAUAACUGGUCUGCUAUGGAGGAAAUUGUCAUCAACACAGAACCAGAACCAACUGUGAAGAAGAUUGAGACUGUGGUCAAACUGGACUCAGGCUCUGAUGCUGUGGUUAAAGUUGACAUGCCUGACGAUGAAAAAGACGGGAAGGGGAAAAAGAAGAAACGAAAGAAGGGUGAGGAGGAAGAGGAAGAAGAACUAGACGAGAGCAUGUUGGACUGGUGGUCCAAGUACUUUGCCUCAAUCGAAACUCUCAUGGAGGCCAUGAGAGCCCAAGAGGCUGCACAGGCAGAGGCAGAGGAGAAAGAUGACGUGGACUUUGCUGCAGAGGGGGCAGAUAUCAAACUUGAUGAUUCUAAUAUGAAAGGGACCAAGAAGGGGAAAGGCAGAGGAGCUAAGGACAAGAAGAAAGCUAUGCCAGGGGAGGGUGCACCUGAGAAGAAAAAGCAGAAAAUUGAUGAACUUAAGGUGUACAACAGGGAGCUGGAAAAUGAGUUUGAUCACUUUGAAGACUGGCUCCAUACAUUCAACCUGUAUCGUGGGAAGAGUGGUGAUGACGAUGACCAAAAUGUGGCUGAUGAAGACAGGCUUAUUGGCAAAUUCAAAGGCUCACUGUGCAUGUACAAAGUUCCUGGGUCUGAUGAUAUAGCAAGAGAAAUGGGCUUUGAUUCUAACAUGGGCAUGUUCCAGAACAUUCCACAUAAUGACCCAAUCAAUGUCUUAGUCCGAGUCUAUGUCAUAAGGGCUACUGAUCUGCACCCUGCUGACAUCAAUGGGAAGGCAGAUCCAUACAUCGCUAUCAAAAUGGGAAAGUCAGAAAUUAAAGACAAGGAGAACUACAUCUCAAAACAACUCAACCCUGUGUUUGGAAAGUCUUUCGAUGUUGAAGCCACAUUCCCAAUGGACUCUACACUCACAGUAUCAGUAUAUGACUGGGAUUUGGUGGGUACUGAUGACCUUAUUGGAGAGACCAAAAUUGACCUUGAGAACCGCUUUUACAGCAAGCACAGGGCCACCUGUGGUAUCACGUCAAGCUAUGCUAUUCACGGUUAUAAUGUAUGGAGGGACCCAAUGAAGCCAACUCAAAUCCUAAACAAACUCUGCAAGGACGGUAAAGUGGAUGGACCUCACUACGGCCCAGGAGGAAGGGUGAAAGUAGCAAAUCGAGUUUACACGGGACCAACUGAGAUUGAGGAUGAAAAUGGUCUGAAGAAGCAAACAGAUGAACAUCUGGCCCUGGCGGUUCUCAAGCACUGGGAGGACAUUCCACGAGUGGGAUGCAAACUUGUCCCAGAGCAUGUAGAGACCAGGCCACUCUUAAAUCCUGAUAAACCUGGGAUUGAGCAGGGGAGAAUUGAAAUGUGGGUAGACAUGUUCCCAAAAGAUAUGCCAGCACCAGGACCUGCCAUUGAUAUUUCACCAAGGAAACCAAAGAAAUUUGAACUAAGGGUGAUCGUUUGGAAUACAGACGAAGUCAUUCUGGAGGACGAUGAUAUCUUCACUGGAGAAAAGUCCAGUGACAUUUUUGUGAGAGGGUGGCUGAAGGGACAACAAGAGGACAAACAGGAUACAGAUGUUCACUACCACUCCCUGACAGGGGAGGGGAACUUCAACUGGCGUUUCAUCUACCCAUUUGACUAUCUAAUGGCAGAGGAGAAGAUCGUCAUUUCAAAGAAGGAGUCGAUGUUUGCAUGGGAUGAGACUGAGUACAAGAUACCAGCUCGUCUCAAUCUACAAGUGUGGGAUGCUGACCACUUCUCAGCAGAUGAUUUCCUGGGUGCAAUUGAACUGGACCUAAAUCGAUUCCCACGUGGGGCAAAAACAGCAAAACAAUGCUCCAUUGACAUGGUUCUAAAUGAACAAGAAAUGCCGAUGGUCUCCAUUUUCAAGCAACGGAGGAUUAAGGGCUGGUGGCCGUUUGUGGCACGAGAUGAAAAUGAUGAGAUGGAACUUACGGGGAAGGUAGAGGCAGAGCUACAUCUCUUGACUGCUGAAGAAGCUGAGAAGAAUCCAGUUGGUGAAGGACGUAAUGAACCAGAGCCCCUGGAGAAACCAAACCGUCCAGACACCACCUUCCUGUGGUUCAUUAGUCCACUCAAAGCAAUCCGCUAUCUCAUCUGCAACCGAUACAAGUGGCUCAUCGUCAAGAUUGUGCUGGCUCUACUGCUGUUAGCUAUGUUGGGCUUGUUCCUCUAUAGCAUGCCGGGUUACAUGGUGAAAAAGUUACUUGGGGCAUGA